AUGGUCAUCAACUGCCUGCAGACAUCUGAGUAUGUGCAAGACUCGGGGCCUUCACUGAAUAAACACAGCGAGCCCUGCAGUUACUCAAAGCUCUGUAAGACCCUCAUGACAAUGCCCGGCUACUCAGGCUUCUACCUGUCCGACCAGAUGCUCUAUUUCCUUCUCGCCAGGAUGGUUGGAUGCACAGAGGGGCUGUUCAGCCAAACCCAGCUUUAUAUUGACUUCUUCUGUGCCAACAUGAUGGACCUUAAUGAGGGGAUUGAGGCCUCAGGAUACAACUACCUUAUGCGGAAACUCUUCAUGCAAAACAUAAUGUUCUGUGGAAUUUGUGGAUUUUCUGACUUCUACAAACUCUCCUGGCUGGAGGCCAUUCUCAACUGGCAGAACCCUGAAGAAGGAUGCUUUGGGAAGUCUAGGUGGAUGUCCCACGUGUACCCGCAGCAAGUUCUGGAGGUGUCCCUGCAUUUGGAUCUGGUGUGGGUUUGGGAGGGAAUGCCCCUGGCGGAUGCAGGUGAAGAUGCUGAGAUGUGGAGGGAGAACACGGCCACCCCAGCUGGCAGGGGCUCUCACUGCCAAAGCGAACCACAGUGGUCACUGGAGCUGUGUAAGAAAAUGUUCAGCGGAAAGCAGUGGUUGGGACCACACAGUUCCUUUGUAGGCGGUGCACAGACUAGCAGAGGCCACGGGGUACCGGGUACCGAGAAGACACCCACACCCACCACCAGGCCACAUGGGCCCCGCCUUCCUAUGCGCAUGCGCCAAGGGUAG